ACAUUCUUUCAAUCGUCUCCCUAGAACUGCAGCACCUGUGUUUCCUCUGGACAUUGCUUCCACCGAGCUAUACGCCUAUCGAUCCUCCAUAUAUUUCUAAAAUAACUUGUGCCCAUUGGAGUUCUCUUCUUCAAGCCAUCGCGUAAUUGCGCGCAGCAUCAAUCUCAAGAUGCUAUGACCUACCACUGGCAGGGCUCCACACAGCCGCGCAGUCCAGUAUAUAACUCGCUUGCACCACAACUUCAACUCUGUGCUACCUCAUCUGUCUUUUCACACACGCGACUACCUCCUCAUCCUCAUCAAACUCUCCUCUCUCUGCUCUCUCAUGGACGACAAAUUCACAUCACAUCCUCUGAUAUCGAUGCCUCAACCCAUGCAAGCAACCCACCUACCUCCAACCGACUCAGACGCGUCUUUCCCCGGCCCUCCGGUUGGCAAUGACAAGCCUGGUUUCCAAGCCCGCUCCAUCAAUCGUACUCCCAGCCCUACUCAAAGUGAAUUGGACUUCCUGAGCGGCGUCAGGAAAAAGCGGAGCACAUGGGAGAUCGCUCGAGGACUGCUCAUCCUUGUCGUCAUCAUCGUGGCGAUUGUGCUCAUUGAGAUUUAUCACGACCAAAUCAUAAACGCGCUCAAGCCCGUGACACGAUGGCUUCAUGGCGCAAGAGGCGGAUGGCUCGUUCCGAUCGCUGUGCUCAUUGUCUUGUCUUUCCCUCCAUUAUUUGGGCAUGAAGUCGUUGCAAUGUUGUGUGGCCUUGUAUGGGGUAUAGGCGUUGGUUUUGCUCUAGUCGCUGUUGGUACCUUGCUUGGGGAGAUAGGAACGUACUACCUCUUUAGAUAUGCUCUCCGCUCAAGAGCGGAAAAGUACGAAAAUAGAAAAUUGAGUUAUGCAACCCUCGCUCACGUUAUUCGACAUGGUGGCCUGCCGAUGGCGACUGUUGUGCGAUACAGUGCAUUUCCUGGCCAUUUGACGACCGCCAUCUUUUCUACAUGCGGCAUGUCUUUCUGGGUUUUUCUCGUCGCCGCCACCUUAGGACUCGGCAAGCAACUUGCAUUUGUCUACGUCGGAUAUGCUCUCAAUCAGAGUGACAGCAAAAGCAAGAAAAUCCAGAGAAUUGUCGUUGGGAUCACUGUUGCCGUCACAGUCUUGGCCAUGCUAUAUGACAUCUUUGCUGACAGCACCGCCACAACAUUGCUUCAGCUCCUACCCGAACAUGCCAUGCUUUCGUUCUCCCUGACUCGGCCUGGAACACUAUGGCAGUGGCAUGCCCGACGAUUUCUGAGCGAGAGGACGUAUCCGUAUCAAAUCACGGGCAUACGUGCAGCUAGAGCAAGACGCGACUUUGAAGCCAAAGUCCGCACGCGCGUUUUCGAAGAGGAUGUCAUCCAGAGCACAGAAGAGGAGCUGGAAAACGGCAACAAGCAUACAUGGUUAAAUGAGGACGAGCUGAAGAACGAGUUCCGCAUGAUCACCUGCCUGGACCCGCGGUACCUCAAAAGCUCGGACUUUGUCACCAUUUCGCAUAUGCGUCAUCCCAGCAUCUCCUUCAUCCCAAAAACGACGUACGUCUGGAUCCGGUACUACAAGCACAAAACGUUCCAGCCGUUUCCACCCGACACUCGCGGGUUUUUCUACUAUUCUGCUCCAAAGCCUGGAUAUCCACCCAUGGCGGGCGGUUUACGAUUCCGGCUCGCUCCCCGAGGGCUUUCCGACUUUGCCAAUGGACAAGACCUGAUGCUGCACGGGCUUCCAUGGCAAGUCUCUCUGUGGACCAUCAUCAACGCCAAGGGAGGUGUCAUGCGCGAUCAACUGCUGCAAGAGGGCUUGAUCACUCAGAACGACGUCGAAGUGUGCCAGCGCGCGAUCUCGUCCAAGAAGAGAUUCGACCACAAGUUUGCCGUUCACAAGCUGGACGAACCCUUCCCCAUCAAUUUCGCAAAGAGUUUGAAUCUGUACAUCUACUGCUCUGAAGCGAGACUCUACUGCCCGUGGAAAGCCAGCUUCCUGUUUGCCGACAAUCGGAGGUCGGUCCCUGGAUGCAACUUCAUGAUGCCUUACUCUGGUGCCGCGUUGGCUCGCUUUGAGCUGAGCACAUCGGACGCCGAUAGCGUCUGUCUACGCUUCCUCAAAUUUCUCGAGCCCGUCAAAUGCGUCAUCCCGGGCUACGACGGCCACAUUCCCAUUCCUAGUGAAGGUCAUUUGUUCCGUCGGCCCACAGGAAGAAACAAGACUGUGGACACGUGGUCCUACAGCACAUUGGAGAAACUCGGGCAGGCUCUUCGGCCACUUGUUCAGGAGGCAUCGCCCCAUCGCACUAGUGUCGCUUGACUAGAUGUCUUGCACAUAUGGUACAUACAAACAACGGAUUAAAGAACAUAUCGCGGGGUCAGAACAAACACGGCGGCGAAAGUUCACUAAUCAGACCAUCCCUUGUCGCACUUGUCAGGGAUGCCACGCAUGAUUUAUCGGUCACGCACGAAUAAGAUAGCAUGAAUGCUGUCUCCGUCAGUUCCAGCACGUCGUCGAAGAUAGCAUCGAAGCAUUCUUUGAACCGAUCUGGCCCGGAAUAAGCGUGAACGGCUCCCAUGAUGUAGCCAAACAAGCACGACGCGUCGACGUCUGAAAGAUGCGGAAUGGGAAUGUCUGAACAGCGCAUGAUGCGAGCCAAGGAUGACGGCGCAAGGAUUCUUGGUUUGAGGAUCUGCGUGCAACGGCUCUAAGCGUGCGCGCUUCUCUCGACCACACAAUAGCAACGCACAGAGAUGUAAGCAGCAAUAGGAAGAUCUUUGUUUGACUUGAGCAGUUUGGAGGUGACCAGAGCGUUGACGAGGCAUUCGCCUAAUUUGAU